AUGGAAUCGUUCAUGAAGGAGAUUUCAUCUAUAAAAGGUUUCCACGCGCGCUACCCCAACGAGCCCGUCGAGAACCUCGAGAAAGCAUACAAAAGGCGCUCGCCAGAAGACCAUGCGCACUCAAUCGCCACCAUUGAUUCCAUGUUCACUGGUGAGGAGGGCUUCGGCCGCUUCUUCGACCUGACCACACUGCACGAACAGUACCUCAACCUGCCUGUGCACCAGCACUCACGUCGCCUCACAUACCUCCAGUACCUCGAUGUGUUUGACGCCUUUAGCCCGCCAAAGUGUAACAUUCGUCGCGACCAGAAGAAGUCAGAAGCGUACUUCCAGUAUUUGAAGGCAUUACAAGACUACCUCGAGUCCUUCAUGCGCCGCACCAAGCCACUGGAGAAUCUGGACAAGCUUUUCGAUAGUUUCGACAAGGAGUUUGAAGAGCUUUGGGAAAAGGAACAGGUCCCAGGUUGGGAAAAGGAUGCAUCAUCUGCAGCACCUGCUGAUGGAGGAGCACAAGGAGAGGGGAUUUGGUGCUCAGCAUGCAAAAAGGGCUUCUCGAAAGAGACAGUAUACGAAGGGCACUUGUCCGGCAAGAAGCACAAGAAGGCGGUAGAACAGAGUCAAGAUGGCGCAAAGGAAGGUGCCAACGGGCAGGUCAACGGUUCAUCAGAUAUUCAACGUUUCAAAGAGCGCGCCGUCGCCGAGCGAGAGUUCCGGAUAAAGAAGCUCGCAGCAGCCAUGCAAACAGAACGCGCCGAUACCAAGGCAAACGUCGAGCGGAAGCAGGGCAUGACCGAGCGCGAGCGCCAACAAGAGCUAGAACAACUCUACUCGGAGAAACCAGAGACGGGCGGGAAGGAGGACGAUGGGGACUCGGAUGGCGAGGAAAAGAUAUACAAUCCACUUAAACUUCCUUUAGCAUGGGACGGCAAACCCAUUCCGUUCUGGCUCUACAAGUUGCACGGUCUUGGCGUCGAGUUUCCUUGCGAGAUUUGCGGCAAUUUCGUCUACAUGGGUCGGCGAGCGUUUGAUAAGCAUUUCAACGAGCCUCGUCAUAUUCACGGUUUGAAGUGCCUGGGCAUUACGAACACCACGCUCUUCCGAGAGAUUACUAGCAUUCAAGAAGCAGAGGCACUGUGGAGGAAAAUUCAGAGGGAUAAGAAGAAAGAGAAGACUAUGGCAGAAAAUGUUGUGGAAAUGGAGGACUCCGAAGGUAAUGUCAUGCCCGAGAAGGUUUACAUGGAUCUGGCUGCUGCUGGUAUGCUUUGA